GAAGUUAUUAAUUGUGAGAGCUCUAGAAAUAGAUGUAUCUUUUCUGUGAAAAUAUGUUAUUGUUUCUCCAGCUCUUCAGUCUUGUAUCCCUGGGGCAGUCAGCAUAAGCACCUGAUGGACUCUGCUUGGGCUGAGCAAUGAAUUUGAGCCUGAACUUGCAGAUCACAAGCAAGGUGAUUUCUCCCUUAAAGAUUCCCUCCGCAACUCAGAGUGAAAGUCAAGUCCCUUCUGUGGCCUAAGGAUCUAGCCUAUCUUGCCUAUGCUACUUGCACCCUGGCUUCUAGUCCUCCAGCACAAUAGCCGCUUUGUGAAUUGGGCGCGUGGAAACCAACACAAUUCAGCCUAUAACAGGAAUCCAGGGAAAUCCUUGCUGGGAAGGUAGCAUUUGAGCAAAGACUUGAGUCAAAAGAGACAGUCAUGCAGAUGUCAGAAGGGGAGAGCAUUUCAGACAGAGGGACAUCAAGUGCAAAGGCUGUGAGCAGCAAAGAGGGCAGUCUCCUCAACAAGCAUAUCUGAUUUAUCUCAUACUUCCUUCUAGUAUAUCCACGUGAAUGCUCAAAUCACUGUACGUAUUUAGUCAUACUAUGUAAGCAUAUUCAAGUUGCCCUGCCUCUUCAUAGGCACUUCAGAUGAUGUAUAUACAGAAGUGAUUUGGUGUACAUUUGGUAAAUAACAAAUACAGAAAAGAAAGUUAACGCAUCAUUUUAUCAUUAACUCAAAACAUCAAUGGCAUGUCACUAAGAAGGAUCAGAAUUCAGUCUUCGCUGAAGUUUUCAAAAUGUCUAGGUACAGAUUCAGUCAUAGGCAGUAUAGAGGUUACAGUUCCACAAAGACACAGUCCUAGCCCAGUAGAAUUUUGUAAGAUACUGGAAGUAGGAAAAAUACAUAAUUAGAGAUUACCAAGGACCGAUUUAGAAAGGGAAGGCUUCUGGGAAGUGGGGAAACUUGUAUUAAAACUUAAUAGAGAAGAGGAAAGUAAAGAAAUGAGACUCCCUAGGUAAGAGAAAAGGCAUGAAUGAGAGGUAAGAAACAUCCCGGAUUAGAGGUCAAUAAAUGAUGUACAGGAUGUGGAGGGAGAGAAGUCUGGAAAGAUCAGUUUAAGAAGAUUAAUAAAUACUUAUCUUGGUGCUUUGGAUAUAGAACUCAAAUCAUCGUUGUUCAACAUAGAAAUUAGUAGAAGUUUUAAAAAAUGAAUUAUGUGUGGUAGAGUCAUUUCAGAUGCUUAUACAAGUAAAAAACAAUAAAUAGUUUUUCUGAGUCUAAAAAACAUUAUUUCACAGAAAGAUCUUUGUUUUAUAUAAACCAAAUAUCUGUUGUUACGGGGCAAACAUAACAAUACUACUCAGAAAGAGCCCUUCGUUUGCUAGGAAGAAUGUCGGAUUCCAAUCUCAGUGAUAACCGUCUUCCAGACACCUUCUUCUUGACAGGGAUCCCAGGGCUAGAGGCUGCCCACUUCUGGAUUGCCAUCCCUUUUUGUGUCAUGUAUCUUGUAGCAUUGACUGGAAAUGCUGCCCUCAUCCUGAUCAUUGUCAGGGACAAUGCUCUUCAUGCGCCCAUGUACCUCUUCCUCUGCCUUCUCUCACUCACGGACCUGGCUCUUAGUUCUACCACUGUGCCCAAGACUCUGGCCAUUUUGUGGCUUCAUGCUGGUGAGAUUUCCUUUGGUGGAUGCCUGGCCCAGAUGUUCUGUGUCCAUUCUAUCUAUGCUCUAGAGUCCUCGAUUCUACUUGCCAUGGCCUUUGAUAGAUAUGUGGCUAUCUGUAACCCAUUAAGGUACACGGCCAUUCUCAAUCAUGCUGUCAUAGGCAGAAUUGGCUUUGUUGGGAUAUUCCGUAGCAUGGCGAUUGUCUCUCCCUUCAUCUUCUUGCUGAGGCGACUCCCCUACUGUGGUCACCGUGUCAUGACACACACAUACUGUGAGCACAUGGGCAUUGCCCGACUCGCCUGUGCCAAUAUCACUGUCAAUGUUGUCUAUGGGCUGACUGUGGCUCUGCUGGCCAUGGGACUGGAUUCUAUUCUCAUUGCCGUCUCCUAUGGCUUUAUCCUCCAUGCGAUCUUUCAUCUGCCGUCUCAUGAUGCCCAGCACAAGGCUCUGAGUACCUGUGGCUCCCACAUUGGUGUCAUCCUGGUUUUCUACAUCCCUGCCUUCUUCUCCUUCCUUACCCACCGCUUUGGUCACCACCAAGUCCCCAAGCAUGUGCACAUCUUUCUGGCUAAUCUCUAUGUGCUGGUGCCUCCUGUACUCAAUCCUAUUAUCUAUGGAGCUAGAACCAAGGAGAUUCGGAGUCGACUUCUAAAACUGCUUCACCUGGGAAAGACCUCAAUAUGAAUUCUGAGCAGAAGUUGGAGAUUUUUUUAAAAAUGUAUAGAAUAGCUGUUUAGAUACAUUUACAUGGACACACAUUGAUGAUGUGAACGGAAUGAUUUUACAUGGCAGGAAGCUCUGGAAGGAAGAGGAAUAGCCAGAUGAAUUGGAGCUAUCCAUGUUCACAUUGAACAUACUAUUUUUCUCAAGCUCCUUGGGGGACUCUGAAUACCCCAGAAAGGUGAUAAUGUUCUCACACUUGUCUCAAAAGUGUCUAUGACUUACUAAGGAGUAAGUCAAUUCCUGGUCUUUAGGAAUAGGGUUAGGGUUAGGGUUAGGAUUAUUUGGUUUAUAAAUCUUAAAUUUAUAAAGGUAUGCUAGGUUUUGUUACCUGCAUGACUUAAUCUGCGGUGUUUAUUUGCUUUUGAAUUGAUUGAUUGAUAACCAUUCUGACACUUCAUCAGAGUAGGCAUUUCAUCUGUGCCUUGCACAUAAUAAGCACGCAAUAAAAUAU